GGUCUUGCUCGUUACCAACCGUCUACUCUCAGCAUGUCGCUCAUUUGCGCUUUAUCGAACGAAGUUCCUGAACGACCGGUUAUCAGUCCACGAUCUGGGCAUAUUUUCGAGAGGCGACUGAUAGAAAAGUACUUGCAAGAGAAUGGCACUGAUCCUAUUGACCAGCAACCACUGGCAGCUGAAGAACUAAUAGAGUUAAAAACCUCUCCCUUCGUUCGUCCCAAACCUCCGUCUGCCACUUCUAUUCCUGCUAUUCUGAAAACAUUGCAGGACGAGUGGGAUGCUGUAAUGCUGCAGUCCUUCACACUGCGGCAGCAGUUGCAGACCGCUCGACAGGAAUUAUCGCACGCCUUGUAUCAACAUGAUGCUGCCUGCCGUGUGAUCGCAAGGCUAACGAAGGAAGUCACGGCCGCUCGUGAAGCUUUGGCUACCUUGAAACCUCAAGCUGGCAUCAUGAAUCCUGGCCAACCGUCCGCUGCUAUGGCUGGCUCCGUCAUGAACGCUGUUCAAAACUUCCAAGCGACGGAUACGACAGGUGAUUCCGCAACAACCGAUGUGAAUCAACUGCAAGAAGAAAUCGGCAUCAGUGAAGCGGUAGUAACCACACUGCAAGAGCGCGCCAGCCAACUUACCGCAGAACGCAAAAAGAGAGGCAAGACGGUUCCCGAAGGCUUGGCAAAAUCGCGCAGCAUUUCUGAAUACCAGCAGCUUGCCAGCCACGUUGGACUGCACUCAGCUAGCAUGCCAGGAAUUCUAUCGAUGGAUAUCAGCAAAACGUCAACAGAUCGGAUUGUUACCGGAGGCAAUGACAAAAAUGCUGUUGUGUUUAGCCUCGCGUCUGCACAGGUAAGUCUCAUCCUUCCUUGA